UCCAACACUAUUCCUGCUUCCUGGCCGGUCCAGGCAAGCGCCUCAGGCCCGCUUUCCACCGGACCGUUAUUUGCCUUUCUGUAUUGCUGCGCUCCCCUGCAGCAGAAGCAGACCUCCCUCGGUGUCAAAAAAGCUGGAGCCGUCAUGUGUCAACGGAAAAGCCAUCGCAGCGGUUCGGCUCCUUGGUUGGCACCUGAGUAAGGCAGAGCCGCUGACUGUGGUGAUGGUGUUGGCCUGGGUCGAGGUCUUCAUGGAUCAUGUUGAGGGUAACCACUCUGAAUGUGCCGAGGACCUGUUGGAUGUGGACAACUCCAAAGCCAAACUGAAAAGCAGUGCUAAAACAAAACGUGGACUUAAGGCCGAAAAUAGCAAUGUUUCCAAGCGGGAGAAGGCACCCCCAAAUGGAUUCCUGGCUCAGAAAGACACUGACCAGGUGGUUGAACGCAAGCCAGCGUCAAAAUCGCGUGCCAAGUCCAAGCCUCCUCUCCGUCGCCCUCUUAGCCUAGACAUGACACCUCAGCGCUCGCGACGGUCUCUGGAGCACACGGCAGACAGGCGGCUUUUGCAACCACCUUGGCGCAGCGGUUCGGCCGCCCCGUCGCCCCCCAUUCGUAGCUUGACCAGCCUCGGCAUGGGUGCCGGAAGUUGGAUGCGGCGCAGUGAGAGCACGUGCUCAGUCAACCAAUCUCUGAGUCUGCGUGCUAAAAGGGGACAAAUGCGACCCGCGACCUCCCUACCACACAUCGGGAGAAGCAUGGGAAGCAGCACCGUUCCCCCCUCCACAAAGCCAUGUCUGCUUGUUGCACUCAGGCCUCUGAACCUUGAAGAGGAGAAGCAUAAGUUCUUCCAGUUAAACUACAACUAUGAACCCCAAUUUGAGUAUGCAGAGCCAGAACUACAGUCUGUGCUAGACAAGUACAGCGAGGGGUCCGGCCUUUUUCUCGACCAGGCUGUUGAAAUCAUGGAGUGUGUCUUGAAGAAAUUUGGCUCCUAUGAAACUUUUGAAGAGGUCACUGGUGGGACUGUACUUCCUAAAAGUCAAGUGUGGGCCACCGUGCGGAAAUAUUUGCAAAAGGAAGACUGUGUUGGGGAGGUUGUGGUGCGUCUAUCUGACGAGCUGCUAUCUCAGGCAGUCAUGAUGGUAGAGAGCUGUCGGCCCACUUUAACCAUUAACCUGGCCGGAGCUCGUCAGUUCUGGUUGGAGGGGAUGCUGAGACACGAAAUAGGUACACAUUAUCUGCGAGGGUUCAACAACAGUCUUCAGCCAUGGGGCACACCAGAGGGCAGAAAGCAAUUUGGCCUGAAACCAGCUAAUCCUACUGAGGAGGGGUUGGCCAGCCUGCACAGCGUGUUGCUACGGAAGCAGCCAUACCUGUGGCGCGCGGCUCUUCUUUAUUAUACGGUUUUCCAUGCCGGCCACAUGAGCUUUAGCCAGCUCUUCAGUCACGUUGAACGCUUUGUUCAGCAUCCGGACGUCCGCUGGGAAUACUGCUUGCGUGCCAAGAGAGGACUGACAGACACUUCGCUACCUGGCUGCUUCAGUAAAGACCAAGUUUACUUAGACGGGAUUCUGCGGAUACUUCGGCAUCGAAGGGACAUCGACUUCAAGAUGUUGACUUCCUUAGGAAAGGUCUCCUACGAAGAUGUGGAAAGGUUGCGGCAUUUGGCAGUCAUGGACAAUGCCAGAAUCCCACAUUUCAUGCGAGACCAGGAGCGGUACCUUCAACAUCUGGAUCACAUCGUUGCUGUGAACAAAGUUGACGAUUCAACAUUACAGCAAUUGCUUCCUUGACUUGUGCCAGUUGAAGCCGGAGGGGCCAAUGGAAUAGCCGCUGUAGCCCUCAACGAACCCUGUCAUGAACCACGAACCAUGUCAUGCUGUGGCCUUUUUGGCACUUAAAUCAGUGGUUUCCAAACUACUCCACAUAGGGCCGCAGUGGGUGCAGGAUUUUGUUCCAACAAAACGAGAUGACACCUUUGCAUCAACCAGGUGUCUUACAAGUGUAAUCCGUUGACUGCAGUCAGGUGCUGCUUAUUUUAGCAGAAAACCUCAUUGGUCUGUGCUCGAUCAGGUAUGAACAAAAACCAGGACCCACAGUGGCCCAUGAGAACCGGUUUGGAGACCCCGGACAUAAAUGAUUCAGUAUUAGAAAUUAUUUGAGCAUUUAGUGGAAAAAAACAACAACUUGAAUGAUACCCAACGAAAUGGGACAUGUACUGUACACUUGCACCUCUAGCUAAAUUCACAUUUUGUCCAAUGCAUGUUUUUAAUGAAUUACACACAGCCUCACUUUCAAUCUUGUUUGAAGUAUUACCUCAAUAUACACCAUACUCAACACUAUAAAUGUAGAAUUAAUGUACUCUUUGAAACCAAUGCCUAUACAAGACACUGCUGCAAAUUGAUUAAAAAAAAAAAUCAUGUCUUUAAAGGUGACCUGACAUUAUUUUCUUCCAAUAUUUUUUUAUAACCUUUUAGAGCUAAAACGAAUACUCGAGCAACUCGAUUAACUCCAAUUUAAAAACUGAUCAGAGUAAUUUUAUUCACCUCGAGGAAUCGUUUAAUUUUGCCAGCUCUAAGCAUCACGUUUUGCCCGGACUACUUAUUAAUGCGGGACAACGCACUGACGUUACGCGUGCAGAGGAAGAAGCAACCUGAUGCAUGAUGCUAAGGUGGUAGCAGGUAGCGUCUGAUGCGUCUCAUAGAUAUCACACGUAUAUAGAACUAGAUGCGAAAUGACAGACUCCGCGGCGUUAAUAAACAGCCGCCAUCUUAAAGCAGUAGACUUCUCAGCGGUCAUAAGAUUAAUGUUACUGUCCCUUGCUCACAUAAGGUUAGCCUUGCAGAGGGCUAGGUUGCUAUUAAUCAUGACUACUGUUGAUGCGUGGCUAAAAUGUCUGACAUACAGGCUUUAUUUAAUCUGUAAAAACAUAGCGCUGCAGAGUGAUGAGGGUGUAAAAUUAAAAACAUAAUAAAGCUAACUGUCAAUUUUACCUCAGUAAUCAUUACUGGCUAAAACAAGUAGCACUGGUCCCUACUGUGCUCCAAUACAGCUGGUAUCAUACACUUAUUUUGAACACUGCAAAAACUCAAACUCCUAUUAGGACUUACAGUUUAGACUAACUUAAAAAAAAAUAACUUGACAUAAAUGGAAAUUCAAUUGGAACACGUGGGAAAAACACCUAAAUUUAAAGUGAUGUGUGUUAUCAAGCGCAAUGACACUUUUAGGAAAGAAAUAAGGAUUUUUCUUUAUAAGACCUUCAAGUUUUUUGUGUGAAAGCCGUGAAUUAGUAUUUUUUUUCCUAGUCACAUCUGAGAUGCUUUUGCUGGCUAUUUUCAACAAUGUACAUCGAAAAUAAAGACAUUGACUGAAAAUGCUUCAAUAUUAGAGGAAAUGUUUUCUCAUGUAUUUUUAUAAUUGCUCUUUACCUAAAAAAAUGUUUUAUCCCAUUACUUGAUAAUUUUCUGUCGAAUACUCGAUUACUAAAAUAUUUGAUAGCCACAGCCCUAUAACCUUUGAUGCAGGGCCGUGCAGAGACCGAUGGAGGGGCAUGUGCUCAUAGAUUGAAAGGGGCACAUGAACAAGUAUUUAAUACACCUUACAACAACAUAACUUCCAUUUUAACCAGUUUUACAGUUUAAUUGGCAGUGACUGUGACAGACUUUAAUUGGGAGGGGGGAAUAGUAAAUAGAAAUCAACACCGUCAUCCCUUUCUGGCUAUGGCUCAGUCAGUCUUUUCCUCUUUUCUUCCUUCAACCUCUACAUCAAA